CUUUGAGUAUUUUGUUUAGAGCACCUCCGUAUAUACCUUUUAUAUAUAACACCCUUUAUUAAGAUUCUACAUUGUAAAUUUCAAGUGACCCUUCACCAGUUCAAAAAUAAAAUACUAGUUUUCUUUUUAAAGAAUGUGUUGCACUUUGUACACUUUGUUCAUGCUUCACCCAAUCUGUAUCUACCUUUUGUGGAAUGUCUUUAUUCUUCGGUGGAACAUGGUUGAUUGCAACAACUAUCCCUUGCCAAUUCCAGAUACUAUCUAUUUCUUUAAAGUGUAUACUGAUCACUUUGUAUAAUUUCAUCUUGCUUUGCCAGUUUAUGUACAAUGUCUUUUAACUUUGAUCACACAUGAUAAAUUACAACAUUACCCCCAUCCCUCGUGUAUUUCCCAUUACAACUUAGAUGUCGGUGGGGGGUCUAUCCAUGAUCAUAUCUUUAACUGCAGUUCUAACUAAUAUAAUAUCUUAUCGUUAUACUUUAUAUCAGUUUGCCGAAUGUAACUGUAAACAGUGUAAUAUUGUCUUCUAUUAAUAGUGAACAUAACUGCUCGUUCUUCCACACAACUCCAUUUUUCUCUGAUCAUGGCGUCUCAGAAAUCCCUCUGUUUUUUAGUGGCGUUGUUCAUCAGUUUCAUAUGUUCUUCACAGGCUGUCACCUUGGAAGUUGGUGACGAUGAUGGCUGGACCUUAAACCCUGUUGAAGACUACAAUGCAUGGUCCGGCAGAUUGAGGUUUCUUGUCAACGAUACCCUCUAUUUCAAGUAUGAAGAUGCCACGGAUUCUGUUUUGGUGGUGGACAAAGAUGAUUAUGAUAACUGCAAUGUUGAUAAUGCCAUCGAGAAGCUGGAUGGUGGUGAAUCGUAUUUCAAACUUGAACAACCGGGUCCUCAUUACUUCAUUACUGGUAAUAAAUCCAACUGUGAUCAAGGUCAAAAGAUUAUUGUGGCGGUUUUGCACAUUAGAACACAAUCGCCACCUUCACCUCUGCGUGCUUCAUCACCCCUUCCACCAGCUCCGGCAUCUCCUGUCACCGUAACCCCACCAUCUGCAACUCCACCCGCAUCCACCGGAGGAAGCUCACCUUCUCCAGUUGGUAGUAAUCUGGAAGGCGUGAGUUCACCACGGCCAUCACCAUCCCGAUCGUUGGCAUCAACAGUGGUUUGUAAUAGCAUGACUGCGUCACUUGUGACAUUGAUCAUUGCUUUAUGUUUGGUUAUUUGAUUUUUCCAACAGGAUGUUUGAUGGGUUUGAUUGUGUUUUUAUUAAUCCUCGGGGUUUUUUGUGAUGUUAUGUUCUAUUGAUUAUUAUUAUUUUGAAUUGAUGUUAUAUAUUUAUUACUAUUAUUUUUUUGAGUUGAUGUUACGCUUGUUUGACUGUUUUAUAAACAAUCUGGUGUUAACUUGCC